AUGGCAAAUCUCGUUCUGAACCCAGCCGGGGAGGCCAGGGCGCGCACGCAGUAUCGCUGCUUCGAGUACCUGAGGCUCCUUGUAGCUGCGGCGGGGCACGCUUUCGACGCGUACGGACUCGGAGACAGCAACCGAGACCGCUAUCUCGGCGACUGCAUCCAGCGCACAGACAUCUUGGAGCUCGUCGUCUGUGCUGCAGGGUGCGCAGCAGCCGGGCCGUCCAGCGCGCCUCUGGAUGCCGAUUCUCCCAAGAUGGACUUGCACCUGCCAGAGGCCAUGGGAGCUAGCGGAGCGGUCCUCCCAGCAGCGGACCCGGCAGAGGCCCACCGUCGCUACCAGAACUACUGCACUGAGAUGAACAGGGUGCAUCCGGACCCGCUGCACCCCGCGCCCGAACUGGCGACCACGGAGACAUACUUCAAGCUCGUCGAUCACCUUUUCUCCUCUUUGGUCUAUGUGGAGAAGCUCAUGGGCACCCCGAAGAUCGACUGGAACGCAGACCACUUCACCCUGGACUACAAGCCCUGUCCAGACGAGGUCAAGCUGGUCAUCAACCUUGACGCAGAGGCCAUUAGCGCCAUGGACAACAAUAAGGAUCUUCAGAGUAAGCCAAACUGGUGCGCAAACAGGGUAUGGUACGUCAUGAUUUUGAGCUUCAUUCUUGGCUUUUCACUGAGUCUUGUGGCUCUCACCAUCCCAUUUUACCUAACAUACCUGGGGGCUAAUGCAUCUCAAACAGCGAAUCUACAAUCCUUCUUCAACCUCACACAGCUGUUCUUCUGUCCGCUCUGGCUUUGGCUAUCGGAGAUAAUUGGCCGCAGGCCAGUUUAUAUAGUUCUCUUUGCCGGAUACGCGGUUACCACUGGAUUGACUGGACUUGCACCGAUCAUCUUCCAAGCAAGAGACAAUUCUAAGACACACUCUCAGGACCAAAUCAACUACAUCCUUGGAAUGCGCUUCGCCACAGGUAUUUUCGCGUAUGCCAUUCCUAUUGGUUUUGUUACUGUUGCUGAUCUCGCUAGCCCCCGCGCGCGUCCAAUGGCCCUGAUCGCAAUCAAUGUCAUGACUUUAAUUGGCACAGCAAUAGCUUCUAUAAUAAUUGCUUUUAUCUUCACCAUUGGAACCUAUACAGGUGACAAUGUGAAAUCAUUCCUUCAUACAUUCUAUCUUGCAAUUGCUCUGUUAGUGGCCGGCCUCGUUUUCUCCUGCUUCUUCAAGGAGUCUUCUGCAGGCGUUAUAGCCCGCAAAGCUGCCAAGAAGAUGGGCAAAACGGACUCCCAGGCAUAUAAGGCCAACGUAAGGCGGGAUAGCUUCUGUGUGACAUUCAAAGAUAUUCUGAAGAACAAAGAGCUAAUUCUGCUCUGGUUUGCAUAUGUCUUCCAGAUCUUCUGUACUCAGCUUCCUGUUGCCACUAGGGGUUUCCUAGUUGCGAAGUUCUACGGGUUUACAAGUGCACAGGAAGCUAAGCAAUUGAACGCUCUGUCAGAUAUCGUUGCGAUCGCUAUUACUGUCUGCUUUAUACUUGGCUUGACCCGCAUCAUAGCUAACAAGAUUGGAGAGCUCCGUAUUAUUGUAAUCUCUGUCUACUUUGCAAUGUUUCCUUCGUUGUUACGUUGGGCGGUAGAUCCACCCAUUCCCAAGUGGAUAAUGUUCCUUCCCUUCAACUCCAUCGCUUUCAGUCUUGGGGAUGCCCUCUUCAUCCAGUUUGCAACGCUGUACACGACACCGAAAAACCGCGGGACGCUUCUCGGGCUCUUCCAGAUCGGAAAUAGCAUCGGAAGGUUUGGAGGGGCGCUCAUAGGCGGCGAGCUCUACAACUGGAACUGGCGCAAUGGGUCGAUCUUCUUCUUGCUCUAUGGCUUCGCGUCGCUCCUCUUUCUGUGUUUUGUGAAGCCACCCCUUGAGCAGAACACUGCCGCCCAGAUAGAGCAGAAGCAGCUGGAGCAGAAGAGGCGUCAGGCAUCUGUCUAA